AUGGGUACCUGUAGUGCCUGCAGAGAGCCUCUCGUGCUUCAAGUGAAUGAUGGAGAUGAGGACGAGGAACCCCAGGUUGUCCCUGACGAUCUCGAAGCCCCCUGCGGCUGCCAUUUCCACUGGCAAUGCCUUUUUGAUCAAGCAUCGGAGUUGGUCAUCUCGCUUAGGUGCCCUUCAUGCGGUGCCGAGCUCGCCACCAGCACAUCAGGCCCAUCGGCUGCCAACCCGCUUCUCGCGUCGUCAGCCGGCGUGGCUAUCCUAACUACGUACACGAACGAAGGUGGUAUCCAGGAACACUACGACAUCCUCCCCGAAAUCACCGAAGAGGCCUAUCUCGAUGCCAAUCCCGAGGCCCGUCCUGCGCGCGCGUAUCACGUUAUGUGCAGCGAGGGCGACGUGGGCGGGAUUGUAGAACUGCUGCGCGACGCCGAGCGAGCUGACGGGGACGAGCCGAGGCUAAGCACUUUGCAACUGGUCCGCUAUCAAGAUCCGCUAGGGGGCUCGAAGAGCGGAUUGCACCUCGCAGUGGAAAGGAGACAGACGGAUGUCGUCUGGUUGCUGCUAUGGAUAGCAUCCACCCUUCCCGCGGGGGUGUUCCCCGACCCGGUGAGACAAGCAGUAGAGACAAUGGGGAUCCAGCGGCCGAGCAUACCCUCCUCAGAUGACAUUCGCGCACUGAGGGAUAACCGAGGCCGGACGGCCGAGGCGGUCGCGGCGCAGACCGGGGGCAGAAUGGCGGCCAUGAUGGACACCGGUGUUCUGUAUCCGGGUCCCUAUGAGUAA